AUGAAUGCUGCAAGUGUUAUUGGAGAUGGAAAAAAAACAGAAAAGGAGCCUCUCCCUAUAAAUCAUCGAUUUCUUGAGCCGGAGAGAGCAGUCAGAACAAUAACAGAUAUGGCUAUUUGGGAAAAAUCUGAAGCUUAUAUGGAAUACACAGGAUUUAUUGCUACUCUCAAUGAAGCUAUUAAAGCAAAACCAUUAUCUGUCGACUGCAAAAUAUCCGAAAAUAUCAAUAAGUUUGCUAGUAUGCUAGAUAAAAUCAAUAAUAUCAUAGAUGAGUUUCCGCCAAUUGAACAACCACAGAGAUUUGGUAAUGUAGCAUUCAGAGAUUGGUUGGCAAAGGUGAAGUCAAAUUCUACACAAUACCUUCAAGAAGCGUUGGAUCCAAAACUACAUCUAGCCAUACCAGAAAUUAAAGUUUAUCUGGAAGAGAGCUUUGGUAAUGCUACAAGAAUUGAUUAUGGUACAGGACAUGAGAUGUCCUUUAUUAUGUUUUUGUGUUGUCUUUAUAAAAUAGGGUCUCUCCAGGCAGAUGAUAAUGUACCAACGGUUUUUAUUUUAUUCAACAAAUAUUUAAUUAUUGCUAGAAGAUUACAACAGACAUAUAGAAUGGAACCUGCAGGUAGCCAUGGUGUCUGGAGUCUUGAUGAUUACCAGUUUGUACCAUUUAUUUGGGGUAGUUCCCAACUCAUUGAUCAGCCAAGAAUAUAUCCACCAGCAAAAUUUUUAGAAGAAGAUAUAAUUGACAAAUAUUCAGACGAUUACAUAUUUCUCUCUUGUAUUAAGUAUAUAAAGGAAGUUAAAAAGGGUCCAUUUGCUGAGCAUUCUAAUCAACUGUGGAGUAUAAGUGCUGUAGGUUCUUGGGCCAAAAUAAACCAGGGCUUGAUUAAGAUGUAUAAAAAGGAGGUUUUAGCUAAGUUUCCAGUUAUACAACAUGUACUUUUCGGAUCUCUUUUACCAAUACGAAGAUUCCCUAUUCAAAAUUAA